UGAAGCUUAAUAAAGAUACAUCGGAUUUAUUAUUUUUUUUAAAAAUAUUUCAUUAAAUUUAAAUUUUUGAGUUAAAAACGAAAAAACCAAAUUUACAGAAGCCAAACAAAAAAUGAUAAAGGAUACUUUUAUAAUUUUCUAUAUAAUAUCACAAAUUAGUGGUUAUGUAAUACAUCCAGAAUUAAAACAUACAACAUUAGUUACACAUCAUAGUAGUCCUAUUUUAGCCACAACUGUAUUACAUCCAGUAGCAACAACAACGACAACAACAACACAACAUGUUGAAGCACCAAAAAUUGUUGAGGAAUCAAAACAAGUAGAAGAAAUUGCAUAUCCAAAAUAUAAAUUUUCAUAUGAAGUAAAAGAUAGUAAAACUGGUGAUGAUAAACGUCAUGAAGAAUCACGUGAUGGAGAUGUUGUUACUGGACAUUAUUCAUUAGUUGAACCAGAUGGUAGUCGUAGAACAGUUGGUUAUACAGCAACUGAUUUAACUGGUUUUAAUGCUAUUGUUACAAAAGAACCAGCACCAGCACCAUUACCAGCAACACAAAUUAUCCAUACAGCACCAGCUACAACAGUUACUUUAGAAGAAAUACCAGCAAUACAGCAUAGAACACUUGUUUUACCACAAGCAUCAACAGCUUUACUUUCUGGUCAUAGUUUAUCUUCAACAUCAUCGGUUAUACAUCAUGGUACACCAUCAUUAUUAGAAUUGCCAUUAUCACAAAGAGUUAUUAGUUUACCACAACAUCAUAUAAUUGAACAUCCAGGAACAUUAUUACAUGAAACACAACAUUUAUUAUCUAGUCCCUCAUAUUUAUAUUCUUAUGAUAGUCUUUUAAAUGGUAGUGAAAAUGGUAACGGAAAUGGAAACGGUAAUGGUAACGGAAACGGAAAUGGUAACGGACAGAGUAACGGACAUGGUAACGGAAAUGGUAAUGGCAAUGGAAACGGUAAUGGGAACGGUAAUGGAAACGGAAAUGGCAAUGGUUUCAAUGGAAUGAAUGGUAAUGGUAAUGGAAACGGCAUGAUGAAUGGAAAUGGAAAUGGAGAUUAAGGAAAAUUAUUAAAAAAAAAGAAAGAAACCCGAAAAAUGCGCAGCCUAAUACAAUAAAUUCGUAAAUUGGAGUCAAACACCAUAAAGUUUUAAAGGAGUCAAUAAUCAAAUUAAAGUUGCAAUAUGAAAAAUCCAAUAAAUAAUUUAUUUAUUAUAUUAUUAACCAUCAUCAUAAAUCACAUUUACAUUAUACACAUACAAAUAUAUCUAAAUCACUGUUUACGAGUAUAAAUAUUAUUCUUUAGGAAAUUUAAGGACAAUGUUUAAUAUUUAACAGAAAACAUUUCAUACAGAUAACAUUUUACUAACAUUUUCUUUUUUAUAAUAAUUUUAAUAAUGUUCUUUUAAUUACUAACAAACAAAUUUUAUUUAAUAAUAUAAAUGAUGUUUUAUAAUUUUUUUUAAACAGAAUUUAAUACACAUAUACAUAAAUUGUAAUAUAAUAAUAUAUAUACCUAGUUAAAAUACAAGAUGAAGUGACAAAUUGAAAAAAUUAAACGCACAUUAACGAGGAAAAAGUAAACUGAAUGAACAAGACACUGUUAACGAAAAAAAUAAGAGAAACACAGGAAUUAGAACAUUUCAUAAAAAUAUAUAGAAUUUUUAUUUUUUUUUUUUCUUAUAAAAUAAACACCCAACUAGAGACGAAUGAAAACCGACAAAG